UUAGAAGCCCAAAUGGACUAAGACAAACAUGAUUUUGUUUUUAUAUUUUCAUAGAUAUGAUAAGAUAACUGUAAUAUCCAGUUUCGUGUGGCUUUUUUCUCCUCCGUGGAAGAGACGCCCUGGGCAGAACUUUAUAUUCUUGCACUUUUCAAGGACUUCAGCCUUCAUCUACACCACCUGUUCUAAUUAUUUUUAUCAGCCAAGCAGAUAGUUGAGUGUGCAGCAUCCAUCCAUGCAGGCAGGUGGGAGCCCAGAGCACUAGGCUCACUAGGGUUGUAGAGCAUGUGAGUGUCUAGUCACUCUGCCAGAACUUUUGGCUAGGAGACUCUAACACUCCUUCUGUAUCACUUUAGGGCUGCUGCUUCAUUUUUUUUUUCCCCUGGUCUCAUUUGGAAAACUUGCUUUGGCAACUUCUUGCUGCUGUAAUAGAGAAUAGAUUUCUUCUCCCUAUUUAGUUCAGACCAUUAUUCUCUCUCUUACCUUUUUCAGACUUUGCACUCUUAAGUAUCUCGCAUCCAGCACUUCGUCUUCCUCCUUUUCAUGUAACUUCAAGUGUGAGGGUGACAGAAAGACUGCAGAUUUCAUGGAGACAGAGUCAAAUCAUGCAAAACUUUCAUCUUCCUCCUCCUUCACCUUCUCUUUUUUGGGGAUCAUAAUGGUAUCCACAGUAUCACUGAGCUUUGCUACAAGGUGGAGUUGCCUUUGAUUAUAGUGUUUAACUAGGGAGAGGCAGAAAGUGAAACAUAAUUGCUUUUUCCUAGCAUAAGGUUUGUUUCCAUAAAGCUUGGCAAUGAAUGAAGCUUACAGGAAGCUAGAAGUUUCACUGAGUCAAUCCCUGUUUGCCUCCUUCAUCCAGGGCUUUGAAGUGAGUAACACAUUAUGCAUUCCCACAAAGUAGUGCAGAAUUACAAAUCUUGUCAGUAACACUAGAUAUUUUCAGUUGUACAUUAUAUUGUUGCUCAAGGAAAAGUAAAUAAAAAAUAAACAAACAGUAGAGGGCAGAAUCAGGAUUUAUAAAUGGAGUGGCUUUCUGAUGCUGCUUUUAAUACUCUCACCCUGGGUAUGGGAUUUUGUUACGUAAAUCUUAGUAGAGCACCAAUUUCUCCUCCUUCCCCCACCCCUCAUCCCAGUUCAACAAAAAUUAGUUUUGUAAAAAAUCAGUGUUGUAAUGAUCACAAAUGUUCAGUCUCAUUUAGUCAGUCUAAAGUUAUGCCAGAAAUUCCAUUAAGGAAGUACAGAUUUACAACAUCAGCUGUCAACUUUUUUGUUUAUUUCCCAUGUUCCAGUCUCUUUGAGAGCAUCAGGCUACCAAGGCAGAGAAUUCAUGAUUUGUUUGUUCACGUAUUCAUUAAUUACAAGAAACAUUGAGGUAGAGUACAAAAAUGAAUAAAACAUAGUCCAUACUCUUAAAGAAUUUAUAAUCCAAGGAGGCUUUUCACUCAUUAGUUCUUUGAGUAUUUACUGAUGAUGUUCUUCAGGUGUUCUCACUUGCAGACUGCUGCGGCUAUGCAUCAGAGUCACCUGUGCAGUUAUUAAAAAUUAGCAUGGCAUAUGCCCCACCCCAGACCUAACUGAAUCGGAAUCUCCAAGCAUCUGUUCUGUUUUAAAGCCUGACAGGUGAUUCUAAUGUUAUUACUAUAGUGUUGAGAAGCAAAUUUACUGUGGAAGAUAGCGUUUUCAUAUGUCUGUACCUCAAUCCUGUAUAACCUUAUAUUUUAGUUACCAUAUCAGCAUAUGUCAGCCUAAGUCUCCAUCUCAACCCUGUACAACCUUAUAUUUUCAUUACCAUGUUUUCUCUGUCCUGUUCUCUGUUAUGUUCUGUUUACUAAUCCUAGCCACUAGAAUACCUAUAGGUUUAACAGCUUUAACACUGAAAUUAUCCUGGGGCAGGUAAAAUCAAGUUGCUUCUGAAUGCCAGAGUCAGUUUAUUGGUUCAGAUAUCACCCAUUCUCAUUCCUAUUGUUGCUUUCCUAUUGUGACUGUAAGGUCGAAAUCCUGCAAAGCUAAGCAUGGUUCUGGUUUCUUUUUUCCUUGAAGCAAAAGAAUGCAGCAGUUUUAUCUAAAGGGCUUUAAAACAGUGAACCAAAUGUAAGUUAAAUACGGUGGCAGUAGCCAUUCCAUAAAGGCUACAAGCUUGUUUUAGGAGUGAAGUGGGGACCUUUUUGGCUUGGUGGCAAAAUAAAACUGGCAUUGUUUUUUCAAUUCAACCUGCCUGGUAUUUCUAUCAUAGCUUUGUCGGUUGAUCAGUUUCCUUUCUCUAUGGCCUCUUAUUCAUUCCUUCAUUGGGAAUCGUAAUGGGAUCCAUGGUAUCACUGAGCAUAUUUUUUGAAUACCUACUUAUGUCAGGCACUAUUAAAGCAGUGGAUGUAGUGGCAAAUAAAAUAGAAGUGGUUCAGUCUAUUUCUCUGAGUUUUCCUCAGAGAAAAUGUCACUUCUUUGUCAGUGUCUUAACAGCCUUCAUCCUGUGCUCCUACCCUCUGAGCCCCAGGAGAGAAAAAUUACCUGAAUACCCACUGUAGUUUAAAGCUUAAACUGAUCCAGUAAUUCAGAUAGUCCCUUGGGGUGAGGUCAUAAAUGAUGGCCGUAGGUGUCUCCUGGUCUCAGUUGCAAUGUCCCUCAUCCACUUCUGCUGUCAUUUAUAGCUGAAAUAUGUGGCUACAGGCUGCUUGCUCAGAGCCCAGUAGCACUCUGGCUACCUGGGCCUCCCCUUGACUUCUUGUUGCACCCCCCUGAGCCUCUGGUGUGUCUGCUGUCCAGUUCACCCCCUUAUAAUCUCUCAGUGUCCGUGCCUUAUGGGAACUAUGGGAGCUCAGGAAACCUGAACCUCAGACUGUUCUCUACCAGGCCUGCUAAAACCCUCAGUCACUGUUUCUGUGCUCCAUGUUGUGGUAGAGAUUGCCUGAGAGCUGAUCUUCUCUAGACUCCCAAACAUGAAGAAAGAGUGGGCACUUCACCUUUAGUUUUAUCCUCACUUGUUUAAUAAAUCAGCCUGAUUUAUCUCCAGGCUGAGGAAGUCAGGGCUCCUUUGCUGCACUUCCAUCUCCCAUAGUCUGGAAGGGCUGGACUUUUUCCUACAUUAUAUCCUUCUCUUGCCAUAGACCUAGCAUGGCAGUCACAGUUGGAUGGAAUAUCUUCUGUACACUCCCUUUUGUAUGGGCUUGUUGACUGAUAUAGAAAGGGGAAGAAAAGUAUUUUGGAAAAGUCUUUAAGAUGGCUUUUUGCUUAUAAACUACUGUCUUCCUGCAUGUCAUAGAUUAUAUUUUUCUCCGCUUGUUCUUUCUCCCUUCCUUUUCUAUGUGGUAUGCAGUACCUCUUAUGAGAAGAGUACACAUCCUUGCACCACUGAUGUUAGGCUUAAAUGUGUAACUUUCUUUGGCCAGUGACAUGUGAACAGAUAUAUUACAUCUGAGCAGAAGUUUUGAAAGUCAGCACAGGUUUCCACCAGCCCUCUUGGUCAAUUCCUUCUGCCACUUCUGCCAUGAAAGUGGCAUGACCAAAAUAAGGGCUGCUGCUUCUGCAAAGGUCACAGAUUGAGAGUCAUGUAACAGAAACCAAGCUGCUCCUGACCUGCAUCCAAACCACUGUGAGAGAUGCCAAAGGCCAGUACCUGUUCGACCUUCUUUGCCACCAUCUGAACCUACUUGAGAAAGACUAUUUUGGGAUACGCUUUGUAGACCCAGAUAAGCAGCGGCAUUGGCUGGAAUUUACAAAGUCUGUGGUGAAACAAUUGAGAUCCCAGCCUCCAUUCACCAUGUGCUUCCGUGUGAAAUUUUAUCCUGCAGACCCUGCUGCUCUGAAAGAAGAAAUAACCAGGUAUUUAGUCUUCCUACAGAUCAAAAGGGAUCUCUACCAUGGCCGCCUCCUCUGUAAAACAUCAGAUGCUGCCUUGUUAGCAGCUUACAUCCUUCAAGCGGAGAUUGGGGAUUAUGACUCAGGAAAACACCCUGAAGGCUACAGCUCCAAGUUCCAGUUUUUCCCUAAACAUUCAGAGAAGCUGGAAAGGAAAAUUGCUGAGAUUCACAAGACAGAACUCAGUGGUCAAACACCAGCAACAUCAGAGCUGAACUUCUUAAGAAAAGCACAGACAUUGGAAACAUAUGGAGUGGAUCCUCACCCAUGUAAGGACGUGUCAGGAAAUGCUGCAUUUCUGGCCUUCACUCCCUUUGGGUUUGUUGUUCUUCAAGGAAACAAGAGGGUCCACUUCAUUAAAUGUAUCCUGUUUGCCUCUUUUACUGCAGCCAUUCACUGGGCUGGUGGCUUCAAGGAUUUUUCUACAAUAACCCCUAAGCCCCUUUCCUGGAAUGAGGUGACCAAGUUGAAAUUUGAAGGAAAGACUUUCUAUUUAUACGUAAGUCAGAAAGAGGAAAAGAAAAUUAUUCUUACAUAUUUUGCUCCAACUCCUGAAGCGUGUAAGCACCUCUGGAAAUGUGGAAUUGAGAACCAAGCCUUCUACAAGCUGGAGAAGUCAAGCCAAGUCCGCACAGUGUCCAGCAGCAACUUAUUCUUUAAAGGGAGCCGGUUCCGAUACAGUGGCCGAGUUGCAAAGGAAGUCAUGGAGUCAAGUGCUAAGAUCAAACGGGAGCCACCGGAAAUACACAGAGCAGGGAUGGUUCCCAGCCGGAGCUGUCCCUCCAUAACCCAUGGCCCAAGGCUGAGCAGCGUCCCCAGGACCCGCAGAAGAGCUGUUCACAUCUCCAUCAUGGAAGGCCUAGAAUCCCUACGGGACAGUGCUCAUUCCACGCCAGUGCGUUCUUCUUCCCAUGGGGACACCUUCCUGCCUCAUGUGAGAAGCAGCCGGACAGACAGCAAUGAGCGAGUAGCUGUGAUUGCAGACGAGGCCUACAGCCCUGCAGACAGUGUGCUGCCCACCCCUGUGGCUGAACACAGCCUGGAGCUGAUGUUGCUGUCCCGGCAGAUCAAUGGAGCCACCUGCAGCAUCGAGGAGGAGAAGGAAUCUGAAGCCAGCACCCCUACUGCUACAGAGGUGGAGGCCCUUGGAGGAGAGUUGAGGGCCCUGUGUCAGGGACACGGCGGGCCCGAGGAGGAACAGGUGAAUAAGUUUGUUCUAAGUGUCCUCCGUUUGCUCCUUGUGACCAUGGGACUCCUCUUUGUUUUGCUCCUCCUCCUGAUCAUCCUUACCGAGUCUGACCUUGACAUUGCCUUUUUCCGCGAUAUCCGCCAGACUCCCGAGUUUGAACAAUUCCACUAUCAAUACUUUUGUCCCCUCAGGCGAUGGUUUGCCUGCAAAAUCCGCUCAGUGGUGAGCCUGCUCAUUGACACCUGAGAAGGCAUGACUCCUCCCCAAAAACUAGCCAGGUGGACCAAGGAGCCCGGCUACCCACUCCCAGCAAUGGGACCCAUCGCGGAACCAUCGGCACAUAUACCAAGUCCUCCUCUCAUGACUCAAAGUCCACUGCAGCCUAGGAGGGUGUUUCCCAGAAGAAGAAAGGGAUAGGCUCAUGCCCUGUCUAAACAAACUGGGAAAACUCAUUUUCUUCGAAGUUCUUUCAAGAAAGGCUCAGCGACUCUAUUUCUCAUCUUUCCAAUUUGCAGGAUAAUUUUUGGUUUUGAAUUUUGAUUUUUCAUAGAGGUGUAUUAUUUUGAAGUAUCAAAUAAAAAUAAUUUAUUUUACUAUUACUGAUUACUGCAGUAGUGUCACCUAGCAGAAGGGACACUAGUUGAAGACUAGAGAGCUGCUGUCCUCUGUAUUCUGCAGGAGGUUUCCUGCUGCUGCCACUGGGUUCCAGCACUCGUGACUGCAGCCUCCAAGGGGCAGGCCAGGGAUCUGGACAAUGGGGACUGUUUAGUUUUUUUGCCAGACAGAAUUUUUUAAAAAGUAAACAUCCAUGUAGAAUGAUUAAAUGGAAAGUUGCUUCCUAUGAUGGUCUGAGUUGGAUUUUCUUUUCCUUUUGUUUUUUUAAAUCUGAGCAGAGUGGGCAUCUGAAGGGACCACCGCUACAGCAGCAGCAGCAGGGGUGGGGUAAGUCUGUCCCCUUAGUCUAGAGCCUAGUGGGCAUCGCUAUAGUUUUGUAUAAUUAAACUAGACUUAAUGUGAUUUUUUUUUCUAAAGAACCUCUUUCUGAAGACUUUUACAGUGCUCCAGGGCAUCAAAUGAAUUCAGUAGUGCCAGAGAGUUCUGUCAGAAAUGUUGGACAAAAUGUAGUUAAAGUAGAGCUAAGUUACCUGACUUUAUAUACCCCGCCCCCCCCACCAAAGACUAUUUCAAUUUAUAUUUUAACAACGAAAUGUUAUUUUCUUAACAAUUCAUAUUUUGUUUUUACUUUAUGGAUUAAGAAAAUAGAGCCUGAUGAACUAAAUGAUGCAAGAAAGAAACUGAUCCUGAGAAUGAAAAGCUUCAGAAAAUAGAAUUCCAAGAUCAACAGCCUUAGAAGGGACCAGGAGAAGCAACUUUAAAAAUAGGAUUUCUAAGAGAUGCCUACAAAACACAGAAGGUGACUGUGGCAGAGACCAACACUUAGAUGUAGAAGUGCUGCCCCCUAGGGUCAUCCUCUGCAUAAUUUCUAGGAAAGCAUUGCCAUCCUUGCGGAGGGAAGCCCUGGACCGCAGAAGCACAGGCACAGGAAGGGUGAGUGUGGGGGUCCUAGACCCGAGCUCUUCAACUCUAAAACCAGUCACACACAAGAUCCUGUUUUCAUCUCAGGGAGAGAAUUCUAAGUCAUCUGGGGCUUGUGGGCUUAUUUAAGGAUGGUCAAUGGACAUAUUCCUGGACCCACACAAAAGUAGAGCAGCUGCUGAUACCCUAUAAUGUUGGACAGCCCCAAAUACAGAACAGAAUGAGUCACUUGUGAUUUGACCUCCCCUAUUUUGUCCCGAGACAGUAGAACCAUGUCCAUGUUUAGAAUACAACUGUGGAAUAAUUGGGGUUCUUAGGGAGAGAUUUGUAUAAUUUUAAAGAUAUCCUUUCAUCUAGACCAGAGGUCAACAAAUUUCUGUAAAGUGCUACACAGUAAAUAUUUUGGUUUUGCACACCAUACUGUCACAACUACUCAACUCUGCCACCACAGCACAAAAACAGCCAUAGAUAAUAUAUAAAUGGAGGAACAUAGCUGUGUUCCAAUAAAACUGUAUGAAAACAGCUGAAUUUGGCCUAAAGGCCAUAAUAUGCCAAUUCUGAUCUAGACAAUGAAACUGAUCCUUACUAGUAUGUUAGCAGAAGAGGGUCAGUCAGCUCUGUUUCCAUGACUAACAUGUGUCAAACAUCUGGGAAUACUUCCCAGUGGAGGCACCAGGGUUGCUUGUUUAAUGGGUGCUCGACCAACCAACCAGCAAAGAGAUGUCUGAUGCCAAAUAGGCAAGAUCAAAUACUGGAAUGCUAAAACAUGGGUGAAAUCUAAGAAAAGAAGAGGGCCUCUCUGACCAUUUCCAUACCAGCAACAAUUUGGGCAGAAUUAUAAACAUCUAUUUAUCGAGUGACAAUACAAACCGAAGGAAAUCCUAGUAAAGAUUAGGGGUUAGUUAAAACCAAGUAGCCACUGCUACUUGUCAUCUACAUAGCAAAGGCUUUAUUUAGCACAGGACUAAUGCGAGAAGUAGACCCAGAGAUGAAAAGGCUGUCAGGAGACAGGGGGUUGGUGUUAAUCUGGAUAUCUACUGUCUUAUGCAACAUAGCAGAUGACCUUUUAGUGUAGUGCUCCUACCUCAGUUUGUAGAAUCUGGUGUUUCUAUGCAGUGAGUGAUAGCCUCAACUCUGACCUUUCACAUUCACAUUAGAGACAGAGGCAGUAUUCCAUAUCCUAGUAUGUUCCUUGUGUCUAGCAUUCUAAUAGUAGUCUAUGCCAUUUCUAACAGCUAAAUUUUGCUCUCUGAACAGGAACCUUUAGGGUUAUUUUUUUUUCUAGGGCUCAUCCCAGAAAAUAUGGAUAGAAAAGUUUCCUUCAGUUUGCUUUUCAAAUAGUGCUUGAAUAAUAAACCUCCUUUGUUGAUGACUAGUCUUUUUUGGUAUAUCUACACCAUUAAAAACUGUUCAAGUUUUUAACCUGGUUAUACUGUGUUCUAACAUGUCUCAUUUUUUCUCAAAAUUAUUUUACCUCAUUUUAGAAAAAUCAGUGGUUUCCAUAGCUUCAUCUAUCACAGGAAAUAAAACUCUUACUAAAGAGUAGUGUACUGCAUCUUUAAGCAGUAGAGGGUAAACUACCUGCAAAUGUGAAUUUCUUAGUUUCAUUUAAAAAUAUAGUUGUUAACCUUCUGUGUGCCAAAAACUCUUAAGUUACAUUUUCCUUCAAAGCAAUGUACCUUUUUCUACAUAUGCAGUAUGUAGUUAGCAUAAAAUCAUUGGUGCCAUGAAGAUUAUUUUUAAACUUAAAUAAAUAUUUAAAUAUCA